AUGUUUAACAAGGACCAAUCGACAUCGAUUGAUCGUACAUUGAUCACUUCGUCAAACGUUGCAACACGGAAACGCAGUACACCUCGUAUGAUUAUUAUAACUCUAAUAAUUUUACUUUUGUUUUAUGCCGUUGUUGAAAUUCAUGGUUUAUUAUUUAUGGAAAUCUUGCAGCACGGUCCGGACUAUUUUGUUUGCUUUUACCAACCGGGCGCGUAUACAACUUUUAUGGGUUAUCAUGCACUGGUUGUCAAUGGUUUUAUUCCGCCUUUAUUAAUGGUCAUAUUUGAAUUGUGGACUGUGAAAAAUACUCGUCGUCGGAUACCGAUUUCUCACGAAAUGAAUAGGAAGCAUGUAGAUAUUGGUAGACCAUACCACAUUCAAUCGAAAGAUAAACAAUUUAUUCGAAUUUUACUUGUGGAUAUAAUUGCUUUUGUUAUUUUUAAAUUUCCCGUGACAAUCUUAGUGAUUUAUCAACAAAUUACACAAAAUAGUCAAAUAUCUUACUUUUGGCAUUUUAUUGAUAGUACAAUUGGCUUUUAUACCAAUGUCUUAGUAUCGAAAACAUUCCGUACAGAAUUUUCGUUCUUCGUCGAUCAUAAUGUACAUUGGUACUGUUUGAAGACAACGAUGGUGCCAUGA